AUGCAGGGUUACAUUAUUCGCCCCGAUAUAAACAAUAGAUUCAGGCCGUCCAAAGUCCGUGAAAUCAUGUAUGAUAUUUUAAAACAACAACUGGCUGAUGCUAAAUAUGAUUACGAAAAAAUACCAGGUUUUUUAUCAGUUUAUAUGACAAAAAGCCUUUCGGAACUAAUCCGUGACGAACUUCGAAAUAAUUCUGGAUAUUACAGAUACACUUUCCUUGUACAAGUUGUCAUUGGAGAACAAAAAGGCCAAGGUGUAAAGGCAUCCUGUCGGUGUUAUUGGGAUAGUGAUACUGACGGAUAUGCUGAAGUUUGCUACUUGACGCCGUCGUUGUUCUGCGUUGCUGUUGCUUUUGGUGUUUAUAAUUACUGA